CUUCCUAUGGGUUCCAGCCAGUUGUUUCAGAUCAUUUGAAGACUUUUCUUUCCAUAAUGAAGCAACUAAAGGCCUGCACUCGAGCAGUGGAUGUAGGAACAAGUGUGGAUUGUACAUCAAGUGGAUUUAGGAGCUGUUGGGAGAGUAUUUUAGAUCACUCUCCUCCAGCUGUUGCCCUAAAUUAGCUGAGCUCUGUGAAAGGAGAGCUGUUUCAACUGACCCCUUCUGCUCCUUGAUGCUCCAGCCAUCCAUGACCCCCAAAUGCUGCCUGUCUUUCAUCAAACUGGUCACUUCUGGAGAAAAAUGGACUUGUAGUGAAGGGUGGCCCUUUAUGUGGGCUUACUCCCUCUAGGACGACUCUGAAACUAGUUGAGAUAGCUGGCCUGGGACUCAAAUAGGUGACCCAUGACAAUGUAAGCAAUAAGUUGACUUGAUUUCUCGCUUUCCCAAGCAGCUGCAAGUAGGAUAUGAGCUUGAGUCGUGGGUAUCGGUGAUAAAACAAAUCUUCCAUCGCUUAAGGCCUCCUCUUACGUCAUGCAGUCAUCUGAGGAAUUGUUUAGCAGGAAGCUGAAAGCAUUAAAUGGGAGUAUGGGACAUCCAGCGGGCAACACGCAGGGCAAGCUGGAAGGGGGUGUCAAAACGAAUGGGACGCCUGCUAUGCCUAAAAUGGGGGUGCGGGCUAGGGUGACAGAUUGGCCCCCGAAAAAGGAGGGUUGGGAAAGCCGAGGCGGACCCAACUAUGAGACUGUCAUUACGGCCUUUCAGAACGGACAGCCAGACCAGAGUGUAGAGAUCACGGAUUUGGGUGAAGCACCAUUGAAGCCUGAUUAUUCGGAUACAAAAUAUUCCCUGAGUGACCUUUUGAGUCUAUCUCCUUUGAAGGGACUCCAUCCCAUUCGCCAACGGAGUAAUAGUGACGUGACCAUCAGCGACAUCGAUGCGGAGGACAUAUUGGACCAGAAUGCUGUCAACCCCAACACCGGCGCCUCGUUGCAUCGGGAGUACGGCAGCACAUCCUCGAUUGAACGUCAGGGUCUUGGGAAUGAUGGGUUCUUUACUAUGUUGCGAGGAUAUCGUAUUGACAACUUGGAUCAUCGCAGCGCCCCACCUGCCGGCUUCCCAGAGCUCCUUCACUAUGACACAACCCUCUCCCCAAGCUUGCAGACCGCUGCACAAAUAGCUCGCGGCGAGAUCGUCCGCAUCUCUGGCUAUGACUACGUGGACAGCUCCCUCCUCUACAGCCGAGAAAGAGAGAAGUCCUUUAUGCAUCGUCUUAAGUCUGAAUCAUCCGAGACAUCGCUUUUCAGGAAGUUGAGGACUAUUAAGUGUGAGAAUGACGGUCUGCGGCUCUCCACUGAGCAGGACGACCGCCGGCCGCUCAACUUCCAGAAGUGCUUUGCUCACUAUGACGUCCAAAGUGUCCUCUUCAACAUCAGUGAAGCAGUGGCAAAUCGCUUAAGCCUCAGCCAGAGGAAAAACACCACCACUGGAGCUUCUGCCGCAUCCCAAUACCAAGUCCCAGGAGGUGGACAAGUAGGUGGGAAUACAACUGGACCUUCAACCAUGUUCGAAUCGCCGCUAGGAAGUCGGGAAGACCUCAAUCCCAAGGAAAACCUGGAUGCGGAUGAGGGGGAUGGGAAGAGCAAUGGAUUGGUGCUAAGUUGCCCGCAUUUUCGCAAUGAGAUUGGUGGUGAAGGGGAGAGGAAGAUAUCUCUAUCCAGGGCCAAUAAUGCCACCUACAGCGCUGGAGUAGAAAACUGCUCUUUCGAGUCCUCGUUGAGCUCCCACUGUACCAACGCUGGUGUGUCUGUACUGGAGGUGCCACGAGAAAGCCAGCCAAUCCACCGGGAAAAGGUCAAGCGGUACAUCAUCGAGCACAUCGACCUGGGAGCAUAUUAUUACCACAAAUAUUUCUAUGGGAGAGAGCACCAGAACUACUUCGGCGUGGAUGAACACUUGGGUCCGGUGGCCAUCAGCGUACGGAGAGAGAAGCUGGAUGAUGGGAAAGACAAGGACACAGCGCAGUAUAACCAUCGCAUCACCUUCAGGACGAGUCAGUUAACUACCCUGCGCGGGGCGAUCCUGGAGGACGCUGUGCCCUCCACGGCGAGGCACGGGACGGCCCGCGGUCUCCCGCUGAAGGAGGUGCUGGAGUACGUGGUUCCUGAGCUGAACAUCCAGUGUCUCCGACUGGCCAUCAGCUCACCCAGAGUCCCAGAGCAGCUCCUCAAACUGGACGAGCAGGGGCUGAGUUUCCAGCACAAAGUGGGCGUCCUGUACUGUAAAGCAGGUCAGAGCACAGAGGAAGAGAUGUACAAUAACGAAAACGCCGGGCCGGCGCUGGACGAGUUCCUGGAUCUGCUCGGUCAGAGAGUCCGGCUGAAGGGCUUCACCAAGUACCGAGCUCAGCUGGACAACAAGACGGACUCCACCGGCUCUCACUCGCUCUACACCACAUAUAAAGACUAUGAGCUGAUGUUCCACGUGUCCACGCUCCUGCCCUACACUCCCAACAACAGACAGCAGCUGCUCAGAAAGAGACACAUAGGAAAUGACAUCGUCACCAUCGUGUUUCAGGAGCCUGGUGCCUUGCCCUUCACACCCAAAAACAUCCGCUCUCAUUUCCAGCAUGUGUUCGUCAUCGUUAAGGUUCACAAUCCGUGCACUGAGAACGUCUGCUACAGUGUCGCGGUAUCCAGAUCGAAAGACGUGCCUCCGUUCGGCCCUCCCAUUCCUAAAGGUGUGACCUUUCCCAAGUCAGCCGUCUUCAGGGACUUCUUGCUGGCCAAGGUGAUCAACGGAGAAAACGCGGCGCACAAAUCGGAGAAGUUUCGUGCCAUGGCGACCCGCACGCGGCAGGAGUACUUGAAGGACCUCGCAGAGAAUUGUGUGAGCACGACAACGGUGGACUCUGCGGUCAAAUUCAGCUUCAUCACGCUAGGAGCCAAGAAGAAAGAGCGAGUGAAGCCACGGAAGGACGCACAUCUCCACAGUGUGGGCGCCAUCACCUGGAGCAUGGUGGCACGGGAUUUCCGCCAGUCGGUGGACGUGGAGUGCCUGUUGGGGAUUUCCAACGAGUUCAUCGUGCUGAUCGAGGAGGAGUCCAAGAACGUGAUUUUUAACUGCUCCUGUCGGGACGUCAUCGGCUGGUCGUCUGGCGUCAUGAGCAUCAAGAUCUUCUACGAACGCGGAGAGUGCGUGAUGCUUUCCGCGCACGACAACUGUGGAGAGGACAUUCGAGAGAUCGUGCAAAGACUCGAGAUGGUCACGCGUGGCUGUGAGACCACAGAAAUGACCUUGCGCAGGAACGGUCUUGGUCAGCUGGGCUUCCACGUCAACUUCGAGGGCAUCGUGGCCGACGUGGAGCCGUUCGGAUACGCCUGGAAGGCCGGUUUGCGUCAGGGCAGUCGGCUGGUGGAGAUCUGUAAGGUGGCGGUGGCCACACUGACCCACGAGCAGAUGAUCGACCUUCUGCGCACCUCCAUCUCCGUCAAGGUGGUCAUUAUCCAGCCGUAUGAAGACGGAGCUCCCAGAAGGGGAUGUUCAGAGCUCUACCGCAUCCCUAUGGUGGAGUAUAAGCUGGACAGUGAAGGAACGCCCUGCGAGUACAAGACGCCCUUUAAGAGAAACACCACGUGGCACCGUGUGCCCACCAGCGGCCAGCCUCUUCCCGAUCGCAUGCCGUGCCAGCAGAUCAUCCAGCACGCUCAGACCGCCAUCCCACGCAGCACCUCUUUCGACAGGAAGCUACCGGAUGGACCCAGGAGCGUUCAGGAUGUUGAGAAGCCUCUGAUCUCGUCCUGCAGUAAAGGAGACGCGUCCCAACACUACCGCAGCUCACCCAGUAACCAGUCGUCCUCCAGCGACCCGGGACCCUGCGCAAGCGCCAGCUGGAACCAACAGCCAGGAUACGACGGGAGUCAGUCUCCUGUGCUACACGAGCGCUCGGCUGAAGCCCAGGGCAUGCUGGGAGACGGGGAGAUGCUGAGGGAGAGAGAGCCGACUCUCGAGAGGACACGCUCUGCAGAGGCGAAGUGGCACGUCCCUUCCACCAAGAUCCUCAACUCUUUGAAGGAAAGAGGCAAGGAUUCGCCAAACAAGUUGACACGGCAGGGUGGCGAUAAGAGCUCCAGCCACUCCAGCAGUAACACUCUGUCCAGCAACGCCUCCAGCAGUAACAGUGAUGAGAAACACUUCGGCUCCGGGGACCUGAUGGAUCCAGAGAUGCUGGGUCUCACCUACAUCAAAGGAGCCUCCACAGACAGCGGCAUUGACACGGCACCCUGUAGCAUGACCCCGGGGGUCGCCAGUGCGUCUGUGGCCCGCGUCAUUCUCCAGGGCCGUGGGGCGUCUGAUCCGGGACACCCUUGGACACCGGAGCUGACAGAAGAAGGGUCCACGGAGGAGGACCACGGCAGGUUGUACCUUCCUCAGAGCUACGGCGCGGCUCUGGCCACCGGACACACGCCUGAGGAUGGGAGUAUGGGAGACCUGAGCGAGAUCUCAUCUCAUUCUAGGCAGCUGUACGCCACGGAGACGUCCUGUCGGCUGCAGGACAGAGGACGGGACAAACUGAAGGAUGGAGGUCAGCAGCCCAACAUGUCUAAAGAAGAAUACAUGAAGAUGAUGCUGCCUGAAAGCCCUCCUGGAGAGAGCGACCACAGGAAGGCGGAGGCGGCAGGCAGCCUGUCUCCGCGGCGUUCCCUGUACCGGACUCUGUCGGACGAGAGCGUGUGCAGUAACAGGAAGGGGUCUUCCUAUGCCAGCUCGCGGAGCUCCAUGCUGGACCAGGCCAUGCCCAACGACAUCCUGUUCAGCAGCACUCCACCCUUCCACUGCACCCUACCCCCUCGCAUCAGCCUCAGCCAGCCCACAUCCAACCUCAAGAAUGAUUUCUGGUUCUCUGACGGCUCGCUGGCCGACCGCUCGAAGUUCAGCGACCCGGGUCUCAUGCCUCUGCCAGACACCGCCACGGGCCUGGACUGGUCUCACCUCGUCGAUGCCGCCAGAGCCUUCGAAGAUCAGCGCGUGGCCUCGUUCUGCACCAUGACGGACAUCCAGAGAGCCGAAGCGCUGCAGAUCUCUCGUGAGCUCACCAGACGUGUGGCAGCCGCUGAAGGAGCCGCACUGGAGGCCGGCGAUUCGUCUCCAGCCACGCUGACGGGGAAAGUCAAUCAGCUGGAGGUCAUCCUGAGACAGCUGCAGUAUGACUUGAAGAAGGAGAAGGAAGACAAGGCGAUCCUGCAGGUGGAAGUGCAUCACCUGCGGCAGGACAACAUGCGUCUGCAGGAGGAGAGCCAGACGGCUGCCGCACAGCUCAGGAAGUUCACCCAGUGGUUCUUCCACACCAUCGACAAGAAGCCUUGAUGGAGACCACUGCAGACUUUCAGGACUUGACCGCAUUGACCGACACUAGCAAAGCCCGACUCCUACUGCAAAUCAAUCAGAUGUAGAAUGUAAGUAUGUUCUGGACUGGAGAAGCCACUUGUGUUGGUGCAGAUGAGCAGCGAAGACAAACGGAGAAUGUGCUCGAUUAGCAACUAAACGAUGUUUCUGGAGGUGGAUUGUGAAUGUAACGCAUCAAGACUUCAUUCUCUGCCUCCGUUAUUGAAAGAUGCAAUCAAACGUUGAAGUUCAGCGGGUCACCGUACCUUUUUAGAACAAUUUCUGUCCACAACCAUCAAGUUCUGGCAAUACGAGUCAUGGAUUUCAAACAAACACGAUGUGAAGAGUUGGUGAAGCUGUAAAUGUUGAGAUUGUGCCUCAAAGAAAAGCCGAAAUGAAGCAGGUGUGUGCAUCACCUGCCUCGUCUCGAAUCUCUGUGUCCAUGUCUGUACAGAACCUCCAAUCAAGUGUCUUGUAUUUAACACUGUUAUUUAAGCUUAUUUAACCUGAAUUAGUUUAUUUUAUUCAAAUGAAAGUCUUCUGGUGGGACGGCUGUGAGAAGGCCAUACUGUGACGGUUUUGCCAGAUCUGAAACAUAGAUGCAUUGAUGAUUUGUCUUUUCUCUCUCUCUCUCUCUC